ACGUGUUUUGUUGGGCUUGCACUGCGCCCCGAGACUUCCUUGAAUGGUUGGAGGACUAGCAGUGUGAGCUCGAUCCUCCAGCCACGCCCCAUGCCUGCCGUUGGCGCCGAAACGUCGUUAAACAGGCGGGAGAAGGGCUGGAGCAAGCGCAUAACUUGUGAGCUUUUGUGCUGGGAGUCGUGGCCGGAAUGAAAUGUUCAUCCAUCACGUCCAAGAAACGUUGGGGUAGUACGCAGGCGCACUUGACGCGUUGACGUCACAGUCGGUGGAACCCUGUCUUGGUAGGAGGAACUGCUGAUGCUGGAGAAUCUGAGAUAGCAAGUUGUAAAGCUGGAUGAACACAGCAGGCCAAGCAGCAUCAGAGGGGUGGAAGGCUGACGUUUCGGGCCUCGAAUCUUCCUCAGAAAAAUGGGAGCUGUGUGUUGCCCGAUUCCCGAUCUCCGUUUCCCCCUCCCCCACGUCCUCAAUGCCGCCAUGUGGGGCUCUGCAGUUUUGUUUGAUUACGCCCGAUGGGAGGGUUUACUGCGGUGAAAGUGCAACAUUAAGGGUAUUAGAAGGGAAGAUUGUCAGUGAGGAGACACGAAACCAAACGUCGCUUCAGAAUCUGACGGAGUUGCCCAGUUUAUUGUAGCCUGAAUAUCAUUAGAUUUUGGACAUGGAAGGAAAACGCUCCAUUCAAAGUGGGGAAAAACCGUACACGUGUUGUAUAUGUGGACAAGGUUUCAGCAGAUCAUCUGCCCUGUCACAGCAUAAAUAUAGUCACACAGGGGAGAGACCAUUCGUCUGUUCUGAAUGUGGGAAAGCAUUCAGUCGAUCGUCCACCUUGCUGAAACACCAGCAAGUUCACACAGAGGACAGACCUUUUAAAUGCCCUGAAUGUGGAAAGUGCUAUAAACGUUCUGGGGCCCUGAAGUUGCAUCAACGUGUUCACACUGACGAGAGACCUUUCAGUUGCUCUCACUGUGGAGCUGGGUUCAAGCAAUCAUGUGACCUUAUUAAUCACCAGCGGAUUCACACUGGGGAGAGACCAUUUACCUGUUCAGAAUGUGGGAAGACAUUUGCUCGGAAAUCAAUCCUGCUGAGCCACCAGCGAAUUCACACAGAGGAGAGACCUUAUAAAUGCCCAGAUUGUGGGAAGUGCUAUAAAAGAUCUGGGGACCUGAUGUUGCAUCAACGUGUUCACACUGAUGAGAGACCAUUCAGGUGCUCCCACUGUGGGACUGGAUUCAGGCGAUCAUUCCAACUCACUGUACAUCAGCGAUCUCACACUGCAGAGAGGCCACUUACCUGCACUGAGUGUGGGAAGGGAUUUGCUAUGAUAUCCAGCCUGCUGAAACACCAGCGAGUUCACACAGAGGAGAGACCUUUUAAAUGCCCAGACUGUGGGAAAUGCUUUAAAAGAUCUGGGAACCUGGUGUCCCAUCAACGUGUUCACACCGAUGAGAGACCAUUCAGAUGCUCUCACUGUGGGACUGGCUUCAAGUGGUCAACGCAACUCAGCAUACACCAACGAACUCACACUGAAGAGAGGCCAUUCACCUGCGCUGAGUGUGGGAAGGGAUUCACAAUGAAAUCCAAAAUGUUGCAUCAUCAGCAAUCUCACACGGGAGACGUCAUUCAUGUGCACUUGGGAAGGGAUUUGCUGUAAAAUCCAAACUGCUGCGUCACCAGUGAGUUUGUGAGCAAAGACAGUGACUAUUGUUUUUAUUGUGAAUACAUCUCUGCUUCAUAGUGUCCCUCCUCCUUUGCUGGAAGAUCUGGGUAACAUGAUGUUGCCCAUCUCUGAAAGACAACAGUAUGUAGAUGAAGAUACAGCAGAGAGACACCUAGAGCUCUGUAAAACUCAAUUUAUUAAGUACUUCAACAAAUAACACACGCUUUUAGCUACUAGGGAUAUUUCAAUCACCAUCUUUCACCAUUCUUUCUUUGUUCUGGAACUAACCGAAAAGUUACUACCUAGGAGAGUUAGCAGCUGGCCAGGUUGGAAAUCUUGAUGCCUUCACCAUGCCUUCUGAUGUAGGAUACCUCCUGCAAAGUUAUUCUUCGAAGUUCUUCUAAAAAUUAGUGAUUUUCCUGGACUGAUUUAUACACAGGUCUCUUGUGUCAAGUAUAUGCCUUAUUUGGAAUUAUCCGCACACAUGACCAAUCCCGAAUGUUUUGUCCCUAUGUGCUACAGACAGCAGUUACUGAUUUUGUGCAAUCUUAGCUCUUUGCCGAGCUGAAUGACUCAGCAUAAUUCGACUCUCAUAACAGCCUUAUCCAACAUCUCCCCGGUAUUGAUCCAAAAAUUUACGAGGAUCACCGUAUUGUGUUUGCUGCAUUCUCCAGCGCGCACCUCCAGACAGUACCUUACAGCAAUUGUAUUGUUGGCAAAGCAUAACUCAAAUGAAGUAAUUUGAAGUGCUGUUUAGAUUGUUGCACUUAUCAAAACCAUAGUCAUAAGUGUAAUCAAAGUUACAAAUUAGUUCACAAUAUCUUGCUCAUUUUCCUUUCAUUCUAUAGCAAAUAUACUGUUAUAAUCUUUCCACAUCUUGCGAGAUAGGUGUCACAUCAGUACAAAUAAACUAAUAGUAAGAAAUUCUACAAACUAACCAUGUCUUUAUUAUUCCUACCUUUAUAGUAAGCAGCCAUUACAAACCACCUUCCACAUGAGUUAUUGUCUAGUUUUUGAGAUCAAUCUGUCAUCAUUCCCUUCCAUUUCUUAACUUUCUGCUUUAACAAACAAAAAAUUUUCAGCAACAAAUUGUAGUACAGCAAUCACAUGAGUCACAUUCUGAUCCAUGGAUGGACUUAAGUGUUCAGUCCCCAGUUCAAAAUUUCACUGCAUGAAUUUGGAGCCUGCAA